AUGGCAGCGACAACCGAUAUCGAUGUGGAUGCAGUUAUAAGCAAGCUGCUGGAGGUGAGGGGCAGCCGCCCAGGGAAGCCUGUGCAGCUGACGGAGGCAGAGAUAAGGGGAUUAUGUCAGAAGAGUAGAGAAAUAUUUAUAGCACAGCCAAUUUUGUUAGAGUUAGAGGCCCCUAUAAAGAUAUGUGGAGAUAUACAUGGACAGUAUUAUGAUCUUCUUCGCCUCUUUGAGUAUGGGGGAUUCCCCCCAGAGGCUAAUUACCUCUUCUUAGGAGAUUAUGUAGACAGAGGCAAACAAAGCCUUGAAACUAUCUGCCUACUCUUAGCUUACAAAAUUAAAUACCCUGAAAACUUCUUCCUCCUUAGAGGCAACCACGAAUGCGCCUCGAUUAACCGCAUCUACGGAUUCUAUGAUGAAUGCAAGCGGCGUUACAACGUGAAGCUAUGGAAGACCUUUACUGACUGCUUUAACUGCUUGCCUGUCGCUGCUAUUAUUGACGAGAAGAUUUUAUGCAUGCAUGGAGGUCUUUCCCCUGAGUUAAACUCGAUGGAUCAAGUUCGCAAGAUUCUUAGGCCUACUGAUGUACCCGACACUGGUCUGUCUCCCUUGGCUUCUCUUCUCGUUAUUUACUUUCUUCUCUUACUUCGCUUCCCUCUGUGUACCUUGUCUUGA